UCACAUUUCUUUUAAGCGACAGGGUGUCUAGACGCACACGUGACCGGGCGCGUCAAUGCGCACUGGAGUCGAGGAGGAAGGGCACCCAAACCAUCCGCCUCAUUUACAGACAGAGAGAGAGAGAGAGACUUUUACCUCCCUCCUCCUUCCAACUCAGUUUUUCUUCCAUUCAGCCACGGAAACUUCGUGCGAGCUCACGAGAAGGCUGGAUUAUUUGACCCGAGAAGGGAAUUCGGCUGCGGAAACCUGCAGACGAAAGACGGAGCUUCUCGCUUCAACGCGGCUCCAACUCCCCCACAAAUCGAGGGACUCAGACCUGGAUUUGCUUCCCCGGGACGAGGCUCUCAGCAGCAGAAAGCAUCCUCUGCAGAAGACUGGCGGAUAAAUUAGAAUAAAUACAAAUAAAAACACAGCAUCCUGGUGGAGAACCCGGGGAUUUUGUGGAUUAAAGCGCAUGAAGACGCAGCGGCUUCGAGCGCCUCUGUUCUCGGGAUAAUUGCGCCAGCGCUGAGGUUUAAUUAGGCCCCAGUUUGUCUCAUGAACACCGCAACUCGUUCACGCUGAUGGGGAGAUUUUUGGCACCGGGUAUUUACUGAAAACCCGCACGGAAAGUGUUUUUUUUUUUAUUUUUAUAGGGGCUCAUUACGUUGAAGGUGCAUGCGGCAACCUCUCUGUUCAGCUGCUUGACGGGGGAAUGGUGAUCCACUCCCUGAGGGAAAAGCUCCCUGUCCCCUGAACCCUCUUUUUUUCCCCUGGAGAUCCGAUCUGCAAGGAGGAGAAGAAAACACCACGGAUACUGGCGCAUGCUACAGAUUUCCUCUGCUUCUCCAGCUCCCAGCUUUUCCACCGUCUUCUCUCCGGCUGCUUGUCGCUGCCUGGACUCGGAUCCCGGAAUCUUCAUGAUUUGCGGACACCAUGCUCGUUCUUUAGCCGGGAAACCCUCUUUUCGUCCCGCAUGUUUAGGACCAAACGAUCGGGGCUCGUCCGGCGACUCUGGAGGAGCCGCGCGCCCGUGGAGGGCGACGGGGAGGCGGACAGAGGAGGAGGAGGAGGAGGGACGCGUCACGAUCAUGGCUCCGGGGCCGGCUGCUGCAUGGGCAAAGCGACAAGCAAGGUGUCCAAGUGCGGCGCAGGCUCCGAGGCUGAACUGAAGGCGCUGACCCACUCUGUGCUCAAAAGGAUCAAGGAGAAACAGUUGGAGGUGCUCCUGCAGGCGGUGGAGUCCAAGGGGGGCGCGCGGAGCCCCUGCUUGCUUCUGCCCAGCAAGGUGGACGCCAAAGUGGGUCAGCAGUCUUAUUCCCUCCCCAUGCUGCUCUACAAAGUGUUCAGGUGGCCGGACCUGAGGAACUCCGCGGAGCUCAAGAGGCUGUCUUGUUGCGAGUCCUACGGGAAAACCAACCCGGACCCAGUUUGCUGCAACCCGCACCACAUGAGCAGGCUGUGUGAACUCGAGUCACCUCCUCCCCCAUAUUCACGCUAUCCCAUGGAUUAUCUUAAACCACCAGAUUCUCCAGACUCUGGACCUUCAUCCAGUGACACUGGAGGAACGACGGACUCGGCCCCUGUGGGGCUUUCAGAUUCUCUGGCGUUGCAAGAGUCUGGUGAGCGCGCCCAUUGGUGUGUGGUGGCGUACUGGGAGGAAAAGACACGCGUUGGACGCCUCUACUCGGUCCAGGAGCCCUCUCUGGACAUCUUCUAUGAUCUACCUCAAGGGAACGGCUUCUGUCUGGGCCAGCUUUGCUCUGACAACAAGUCCCAACUGGUGCAGAUGGUGCGGGCCAAAAUUGGCUACGGCAUCCAGCUGACGCGCGAGCCAGACGGAGUGUGGGUCUACAACCGAAGCUGCUACCCCAUCUUCAUCAAGUCGGCCACACUGGACAACCCGGACUCGCGCACGCUGCUGGUGCACAAGGUGUUCCCUGGAUUCUCUAUCAAAGCUUUUGACUAUGACAAGGCCUGCAGCCUGCAGAGGCCGAAUGAUCACGAAUUCACGCAGCAGCCCCGCACAGGCUUCACUGUGCAGAUAAGCUUUGUGAAAGGCUGGGGACAGUGCUACACCAGACAGUUCAUCAGCAGCUGUCCAUGCUGGCUGGAAGUGAUCUUUAACACUCGGUAGCAGCAGCCUUUCUCGCUCCUCACUCGGACCUCUUCACAAAAAGACUUCAUCCACUUUUCUCGUUUUUGUCGGAAAAGGUUCAAACACAGAAAAAUAAAAGGAUUUAAAGAAGAAAGUAUAAAAUUCUGAUGGACUUUGUUUAAUAAAUGACUGAGAUUUAAUGAAUAAGAGGCAAAAAAUGUAUUUUAUGUUAUAUAUAUAUAAAUAUAUUAUUAAUUGUAAAUAUGAAGACGUUUUAUAAGCAUCAUUAUUUAUGUAUUGUGCAAUGUCUUGAUGAGAAAAGAAAAGAAGAUGCACUUUGCUUAAUAUAAAUACAAAACAAAGA